AUGAAUACCAUUGAAGAAUCGUAUCCGUAUUUCAAAUCCGGUCGAGAAGCAUUUGAUGGACAAUGUUUGAGCAAUGUCCCGAAAGAACAUCAUCCCAAUGAAUCAAAUCUACAGAAGGCUUCCAAAGUGAAGACCCCUAAGGUGGACAAGAAGAAGAAGAGGAGGAGGAAGGAGAGCUAUGCGAUCUACAUCUACAAGGUGUUGCGCCAGGUUCAUCCCGAUACCGGUAUCUCCUCGAAGGCGAUGUCGAUCAUGAACUCGUUUGUGAACGAUAUUUUCGAGCGUAUUGCCGCCGAGUCCAGCCGUCUUGCCCACUACAACAAGCGGUCAACCAUCACGAGCAGAGAAAUCCAAACUGCUGUUCGUCUAUUGCUGCCCGGUGAACUUGCGAAGCACGCCGUUUCUGAGGGCACGAAGGCGGUGACCAAGUACAUUAGAACUUGGAAGGUAUUGUUCAAUUGUUCAUGGUAUUUGGCAGAUUUAAGUAAGCGGUACCCGCGAGUGGGUUCGAAUCCCAAAAAGGCUACAGAACUUUUCACGAUUCAAACGAACUAUCUUAAUUUGUGUUACGCACUACUGGAAUACUGGUAG